AUGGACAGCAGAGUUGCUCCAGAAAUUCCGGGAAUCAGACUCCCGGCUAGUGUAAUGCAAGAUAUUCGCAUGUUGGUAUGCAAGCUGCUGAAUAGCCCAAAGCCUACCAAGACAUUUCCUGGUUCACAGCCGAUCAGUUUCCACCACUCAGACAUUGAAGAGAAACUUUUGGUCCAGGACUACUAUGUUUGUGAAAAAACUGAUGGAUUGAGAGCACUAAUGCUAGUGGUGGUCAAUCCAGUAACUAAAGAGCAAGGCUGUUUCAUCAUUGAUAGAGAAAACAAUUACUUCCAAAUCUCUGGAUUCCGCUUUCCAAGACUGCCCAGACAAUCCCGCAAAGAGCUUUUAGAAACUUUCCAAGACGGUACACUCAUCGAUGGUGAACUGGUAGUACAGACAAAUCCUGUGACGAAAUUAAAAGAACUGCGAUAUCUCAUGUUUGACUGUCUUGCUAUCAAUGGCCGUUGCAUAGCUCAAUCCCCAACAAGUUCACGGCUGGCUCAUCUAGGCAAAGAGUUUUUCAAGCCCUACUACGAUCUCCGUUCGUUAUACCCUGCACAAUGUAGCACAUUUCCAUUCAAGAUCUCUAUGAAAGUGAUGAAUUUCAGCACAGACCUUUCUAAAGUUGCGCAUUCGCUUGAUAAGCUACCUCACGUAUCGGAUGGGCUCAUUUUUACUCCUGUCAACACGCCUUAUAUUGUUGGUGGUAAAGAUUCCUUAUUAUUGAAAUGGAAGCCCGAGGAUGAAAACUCUGUUGAUUUCAAGAUGAUUCUUGACAUUCCCUUAGCUGAGGACACCUCCUUGCCCAAGAACGAUGCAAACCGGUUUUAUUUUAACUAUGAUGUCAAACCAUCGUUUCACCUUUACACAUGGCAAGGUGGUGCAGACGUCAAUGCAAGAUUGCAAGAUUUCGAUCAACCCUUCUCCAAGAAAGAACUGGAUCUUCUUGACAGAACCUACAAGAAAUUUGCAGAAUUGGAAAUGACGAAUGAAAAAUGGCAAGAACUGAAAUCACUCGACGAGCCACUCAAUGGCAGAAUUGUAGAAUGUACAAAAGAUCAAGAGACUGGUGUCUGGCAUAUGUUGCGUUUCAGAGAUGAUAAACUCAAUGGUAAUCAUGUUUCCGUCGUUAAGAAAGUCUUGGAAAGUAUUAGCGAUGCUGUUAAGAUAGAAGAUCUUGAAGAGGCAACUACUAAAAUGAAAGAAAAUUGGCAAUUACGCCAUUCAGACCGAAAGCGCAGCUUUCAAGAAGUUGACCGACCCUCUUCGUCAGGAGACGUAGAUCUUAAUACUAGCAACGGCGAUCAGAGCUUCAAACAACCCCAUUACGUUGACGACGACGAUGACGAAGAUGAAGAUAUGUGGCCUGACAAUGAUGAAGGUACCGUUACAGAGGCCAAAAAGCCCAAUCUGUAA